UCAGGCCACCAGCUUCAAGAAUUCAGCAACCAAUAAAUCUCCAUGGGAUGCUCUGCUUCUGAUUCAGCAAGAAAUACAAGAUUUGAGAAUCUGCAUUACCAGAUGUGAUAUGAAGCCUGUGCUGCAAUCUACACUGAAUCAUAAAUAUAUUAUAACAUUCCCCACAUUAGCUUUACUCGCCCUUCUGCUAUUUACCUUUAAUAACAUUUAUAAAUAUGGUUCCCUUGAAUCCCGUUGUUCCAGUCAACUUCUUCCAUCCCAAACAGAAGCAGAUUUGAUUGUGUUGCUAUGGACAUUGCCCUUCGGCAAUCACUUCCCCUUAAAUCAGUGUCCAAAACCCUUUAAUAAUCCUCGGUGCUUCUUCACCGAUGACCGCAGCCUGUAUUUGAAAGCAAAUGCUGUCAUUUUCCACCACAGAGAUGUUUGCCGCUCCAAAAGUCAAAUGCCACAGAUACCGAGACCAGAAGGACAGUACUGGGUGUGGUUUAACUUGGAAUCUCCAAGACAUAGUCCAAAUUUGGACUUGAUGGACAAUCUCAUCAACCUCACUAUGUCCUACAGAAGUGACUCUGACAUCUUCACUCCUUAUGGUUGGCUACAGAAGAAAGAUGUAUCUCAAAAUUUUACCAUUCCAGAAAAGUCUAAAUUAGUAGCAUGGACUAUAAGUAACUGGGAUCCUACAUCUAAGCGGGUUAAGUUUUAUAAGGAACUAAAGAAUCACAUAAGUGUAGAAAUUUAUGGUCAAGAACACAAACAUUUAUCUAUGGACAAGUUAAAUGCAGUCUUAUCAAGCUAUAAAUUCUACUUGUCAUUUGAGAACUCCAUACAUACAGACUAUAUCACUGAAAAACUCUGGAUGAAUGCUCUACAAUCUGGAACUGUGCCAGUAGUUCUAGGCCCACCUAGAAAGAUUUAUGAAAAAUUUAUUCCUUCAGAUUCUUUUAUUCAUGUUGAUGAUUUUCCUACUGCAAAGGACCUUGCUGAUUAUCUGCUAGAACUGGAUAAACAGCCCCUUAAAUAUGAACAGUAUUUUAGGUGGAGGUCAAGACUACAGCCGGUUGGGGAUGCCAGAUGGAACAUCCAUUACUGCAAAGCCUGUUUAGCUCUGCAUAAGGCUCCAUCAUACCGAACUAUUCCAAGUCUUUCUAAAUGGUACACAUGAUGGAUGCGCCAACAUCUACACCGCACUGCUGAAGUGAUUGACGGGUGAAAAAGGAACAUUUCACUCUAUAUGGACCUGAUGGCUGAUGGAAGAAUAUCCUUGUAAACUUAUUCAUGAUUACAACUUAAAAGAAUUACCUUUAUUUAGUCUUGAGAAGAGACAUUUAAGAGGGGACAUUAUUAACCUAUACAAAUAUAUAAAUGGCCGUAUAAAAAAACUUGGUGAAAAGCUGUUCCAUGUAAAAUCCCCUAAAAGGUGCUGCCUCCGACUGGAGAAGAAAAAGUUCAGUCUCCAGAAGCGUCAAAGCUUCUUUACUGUAAGAACCUUGAAUCUAUGGAAUAAUCACCUCAGGACGUGGUCACAGUGGACAGUAUAAUAAGGUUUAAAUGUAUUCUUAAUCCUCUUCGCGCUUCUCGGCUUGGCUGAGAGAUGGCUCUCUUUCAUGAUCUUUAAGUUCUCUUGAUGUUAUUAGUUUAGAUAUGGUAUAUCUUGUCUCCAUGCAUUCUCCCGAUAUCCGUGUUCCUUACCUAAUGUAUGUGUCUUGUCUCCUCUUCUAUCCUCCUUCUUGUUUCCUUACUCCUACAUUUUUGAUAUUUGUUUAUUUAUUAUAAUUUUUUUAGUUCUCCUUAUUAUACUCAUAUUCUCAAAUGUUUCAUAGGUUGAUACUAAUCAACAUUACUAGUGUCUUAUAUAUUACAUCUUUCAUGUGUUUUUCACAAUUGCCUCUUACAAUGCUUGGUAAUUAUUAUUGCUAAUCUGCUUGGAUAAAUCAAUAAAAACUGAUUGAACCAUAAAUGUAUUCUUAAAAGUAAACAGCAUUAAUGCUUAUGAAAAUGUGUAGAAAUCUGGGUCUCGCUUCUUUUUCUAAAAGUCACAUACCCAACGCAUCUCUUGGUUGAACUUGAUGGACUUAUGUCUCAUUUUAUCCAUAUUGACUACAUAACUUUCAUAGAAACAUAGCAACAUAGUUUUUAAUCCUGAAAAAAGACAUUUGUCCAUCCAGUUCAGCCUAUU